CAAUAAAAAUAUGUUCUUUUUAAUCGUUCAAUCGAAUACAUGAUUUCUAUUUCUUUAAAUCUUUUAUAUGAUUUGGCUUUUCUUUUUGCUAUCCAUUUAAUCAUAAAUUGGUUCAUUCAUUCAUAAUCUUAUCAUUGAUUAUGAUGUCUUCUUCAAAUGAAUUUUUCAGUUCAUUAAAAUAAAUUCUUGAAAAUAUAUUUAGCACAAACUAAAACGUAAAAAAAUGUUGACCAGAUUAUUUCUGGCUACUAAUUGUCGUACUGUUGGUGGUUUUUCACGUUCAGGAAGGAAAUUUAGCCACUUGACAUUGAAUUCGACCAUCACAUCAUCAUCAACAUUUUCUGAUUUAUCACGUUUCUUCAUACGUCAUCAUAAUUAUUUAUUACUUAACCACCGACAAUGUUAUCGACUGCCAUUGAAAUUGAAUCAUCAAUUAAAAAAUAUAUUCCAUACAACUGCACAUCAUAAUCAGUUGAAUCGUUCAUGGGGUCGAUGGCCGAAUUUCCAACAUUCAAAACAAAAUUCAAUUCUUAGCCGAUCACGAACAUUAAAUGAUGAUGAUCUACUUUCGAAAAACACUUUCGAUCAACAACAACGACGACAAUGGCAUCCAGGCCAUGGUACAACUGAAAUACAAAAAUUCAAAGUCAAUGGUGAGGUUGGUGGUUGGCAGAUAGUCAAACAAAUGCUUAGUUAUACAUGGCCAAAAGAUCGUCCAGAUAUUCGUAAUCGUGUAAUAAUGGCACUUGGAUUGUUGGUUUCAGCUAAAGCUGUCAGCAUAAGCGUACCGUUUAUAUUUAAACAUGGUAUUGAUCAUCUUAAUCAACAUACUGGAAAUAUGUUGGCCAUGACUGACCCGACAAAUACGGUUAUUACGACAGGUGUUGCAUUGAUGAUUGCUUAUGGUGUGGCUCGUGCUGGUUCAUCAUUUUUCAAUGAAGCUCGUAAUGCAGUUUUUGCAAAAGUUGCACAUGAUUCUAUUCGUCGUGUUGCAAAUCAAGUGUUCACUCAUCUACAUAAAAUGGAUCUUGAUUUUCAUUUGAAUCGAAAUACCGGUGCAUUAUCAAAAACAAUAGAUCGCGGUACACGUGGUAUCAAUUUUGCCUUAUCCGCAUUAGUUUUCAAUGUCUUUCCAACCUUAUUAGAAGUUUCACUUGUAUCAAUGUUGUUUUAUUUCAAAUUUGGUCCCGAAUAUGUAGCCGUAACGCUUGGUUGUAUUGCAACGUAUGCAUUGUUCACAUUGACAGUUACAUCUUGGCGUACAAAAAUUCGUAUAGAAAUGAACAAAACAGAAAAUGAAGCAGGCGCCAGAGCUGUCGAUUCAUUGAUCAAUUAUGAAACGGUUAAAUAUUUUAAUAAUGAAAAAUAUGAAUCGGAUGAAUAUCAAAAAUUAUUGAAAAAAUAUACUGAUACAUCGAUACGUACGACUACUAGUUUGGCAUUUUUAAAUUUUGGCCAAAAUGCAAUAUUCUCUGCUAGUCUAGCUACCAUUAUGAUAUUAGCCACACGUGGUAUUGUUGCCGGUGAAAUGACUGUUGGUGAUCUAGUAAUGGUUAAUGGACUUUUAUUUCAAUUAUCAAUGCCAUUAAAUUUUCUUGGAUCUGUUUAUCGAGAAAUUCGACAAUCACUGAUCGAUAUGCAAGCAAUGUUUAGUUUAUUAAAAUUAGAACCGAAAGUUAGAAACAAACCAGAUGCUGUACCGUUGAUCAUUUCACCAAAGAAUGCAUUCAUCAAAGUUGAGGAUGUUUAUUUUGAAUAUAAUCAAAAUUCCCCUAUUCUUAAUGGUCUUAGCUUUGAAGUACCGACUGGAAAAAAGAUUGCUUUAGUUGGUGGAUCUGGUUCAGGAAAAAGUACUAUUGUUCGAUUAUUAUAUAGAUUUUUUGAUCCACAAAAAGGUCGUGUAUUGAUCAAUGGCCGUGAUAUUCGUGAUUAUGAUCUUGAAAGUCUAAGAAAAGCAAUUGCAAUCGUACCACAAGAUACAGUUCUAUUCAAUAAUAGCAUUUAUUUUAACAUAAAUUAUGGAAAUCUUAAUUGUACUGAACAACAGGUAUAUCAAGCAGCUAAAAUGUCUCAUCUACAUGAUUCAAUUCUUCGUUGGAAAAAUGGUUACCAAACAAAUGUUGGUGAACGUGGUUUAAAAUUAAGUGGUGGUGAAAAACAACGUGUUGCUAUUGCUCGUUCCAUAUUAAAAAAUGCACCGAUUCUAGCAUUUGAUGAGGCAACAAGUUCAUUAGAUUCAAUAACUGAACAAAACAUAAUGAAUGCUAUUAAAAUUGCUGCUGAAAAUCGUACAUCGGUAUUUAUUGCACAUCGAUUGUCGACAGUUGUCGAUGCUGAUACUAUUUAUGUGAUGGAAAAUGGUAGUGUAAAAGAAAGUGGUGAUCAUUAUUCAUUAGUUGUUAAACCUGGAUCAUUGUAUGCAUCAUUAUGGGAAAAACAACAUUUUCAUGAUCGUGAAAUUUUUCAACAACAACAGCAACAACAACAACGUGAUGCAAAUCUAAGCGAAUCGGACAUUUAAAAAGUGAUGAAACGUUAUGUAAAUAGAAUUUUUAUUUAUAUUGAAUUUGUUAAAAAACAAAUUGAUUUGAAAUAUUCAUAGCAAGAAUUAAAAAAAAACUAU